AGUUGCUGUGGUCACGGCGAGUUUGUUGACCCAGAAUACUAGAACCACUAUGAGUAGGCACAGCGCUUGUACCACGAACUGGGGUCCUUCUUUCGUCCCUGCUAGGCUACACGCCGAUUAACAUUUUCUUGUGCAGAUUUUCAUUUCAGAACAAACUCAAUCCGACUUUUGUUGAACAACAAUAAAAGAAACUUCCCGAAGCACUGCAUUGCAUCUGCAUCUUGCAUUUCGAAUAGCAUUUGCCUUUGGCUUUAGGCCGUUCCUUUUUGAAAAUAACCUACUCUUUCUCACUAGCUAUUGCCUUCUUUUGCCUAUGGCCUAGUGCUAAAUCUAUUCUAACUCUAACAUCGCAGUGUCUUCCAAUUCACCAUGCCCGAGUCUAUCGGCGACCAGUACGAUGUACUGGAAAAGAUCGGCCAUGGCUCAUUCGGUAUCAUCCGCAAGGUCAGAAGAAAGGCCGAUGGUAUGGUCCUCUGUCGCAAGGAAAUCAGUUACCUGAAAAUGUCGCAAAAGGAGCGUGAACAAUUGCACGCCGAGUUCCAGAUCCUAUCCACCCUACGACAUCCUAACAUUGUCGGUUACUACCAUCGUGAGCAUCUUAAGCAGACUCAGGACCUUCAUUUGUACAUGGAAUAUUGUGGUAAUGGUGAUCUUGGUCGAGUCAUCCGAGGCCUCAUCCAACAGAAGAAAUACGCAGAGGAACAGUUCGUAUGGGAAAUAUUUUCGCAAUUGGUUACCGCCUUGUAUCGAUGCCAUUACGGCAUUGACCCCCCUGGAGUGGGAGAGAAUGUCUUGGAGAUCGUUGGCGCUGCUAGUAAGGUGAAGGCUCCUCAGGGAGCCAUAACAAUUCUCCACAGAGAUCUCAAGCCUGAGAAUAUCUUUCUCGGCGAGAACAACUCCGUUAAGCUUGGUGACUUCGGUUUGUCCAAGAUGAUCCAAUCACACGAUUUCGCGUCGACGUACGUCGGUACCCCGUUUUACAUGUCCCCCGAGAUAUGUGCGGCCGAGAGAUACACUCUCAAAUCCGACAUCUGGUCACUGGGCUGUAUAAUAUACGAGCUCUGUGCACGAGAACCUCCGUUCAACGCGAAGACGCACUUUCAGCUUAUCCAGAAGAUCAAGGAGGGAAAGGUCCCCGCACUUCCGAAUGUCUAUUCUGCUGAACUUAUGGCUGUAAUUAGAAGUUGCCUAAAAGUCAAUCCAGAUUCACGACCGGAUACUGCGUCAUUGCUGGGCCUCCCGGUAGUGCGUCUAAUGCGCAAGGAGAGGGAGGCGGUGGAAGUCAAGCGUGAAUUAGAGGUGCGAAAUGAAAGACUAAGCUACAAGUUGAAGCAAGUUGAAGAUAGACUAGCCAGUAUCGAAGCCGACAAAGUCUGCUUCCGACAUGAGAUCGACGCGCAAUUACGACGAGAGUGGGAGGUCAAAGCCCGGCUGGAAAUUGACCGUCUUGUCGGCGAGGAAAUUACGCAACUUCAACACCGAUUUGAAGCCGAGGUGGAAGCAAGAGUCCAAGAGGAACUACAGAAGAAGCAUGUGUCAUUUGAGCCUAUUGAGCCUCCAGAACUUACUUCGUCGCUAUCCAAGUCGGACUUUCCACGAUCUAUUGCUACUAGCACAGACGGCGAAAUCUCAUCGAUCACGGACAUCACCGACUAUUCUGUAGACUCACCAGAAGAACAGCCUCUUAAGAAGAGUGCGCGUGCAGCUUUUGGCCGAGCCCAGACUAUGUUCGAGCGUAAUCUUGGAACACCAAUGGAUGUUGAUAUGGUAUCGCCGUCACCAAUGGCGAUUGCAUCCCUAUCAUUGUCACCCCGUCGCAACGGCACGAAGGCCCCCAUGACGAACAAACCUUCUAUCUUUGACCGGAAUGAUGACGACGAGUUUGAUGCUCUCAAACAUGAGAUUCUUCCUUCUGAUUCCGAUGAUGAUACACCCAUCAUCCCGUCCCCUACUCGCCCGCCGCGAUCCAACAAGAACCCUUUUGGUCCCCAUAGACCAGUACUCACCUCUACCAAGACGGCACCGAUUAACCGUCUAAGAAGCCAGACUUCUAUGGCCACCAACAAACCUGCUACAGCACCGCCCGCCUCAGUCCCGGAGCCGCAAGUACGUGCUCAGAACAGCAACGGCGCGUUGAAGGAGAGAGGCAACUCUCCCAACCGAAGACUGAGCAAGAUUCCCUCGGUCGCCAAUCUCGGCACGCAAAACCCCGAGAGCGGUCUCCAGAGAAAGCCGUCUCUCAAGAAAGACCAGGACCAAUCGCUCACCAAGGUUGUGGCGAAGAAUAACAUUAAGGGCCGCACUCUUGUUGAGCUGCAGCAGGCUAGAGCUGGUGGUCGACCCGUUGAGAGUGCGAAUGUUAGUCCCAAACGCACCCUCAAGGAUCGAACAUUCGCCGAGCCUGCCGUAUGGGAUCCGGAGAAGGACGAAAUGCCCAGCCCGUUUUUGGUGCGUAGGAAGCAGCCAAUUAGCCGGGUAUAGGCAUAUGAACACUCCAUACUUCACUUCUCCUCUGGAUGGACUUUAUUGACGCACGCAAACGAGAUUCAUGAUAUACCAUGCCUGGAUUUGGCACGUUAUGUGCCACCUUCAAAUUUUCCUUUGUCAUACCCAGGGGGUGGUUUAUCUCGGAAUGGCGG